AUGCACCACCUACAGCUGCACCACCUACAGAUGCACCACCUACUGAUGCACCACCUACAGAUUCACCACCUACUGAUGCACCAACUACAGCUGCACCACCUACUGAUGCACCACCUACUGAUGCACCAACUACAGCUGCACCACCUACUGAUGCACCAACUACAGCUGCACCACCUACUGAUGCACCACCUACAGAUGCACCACCUACUGAUGCACCACCUACUGAUGCACCAACUACAGCUGCACCACCUACUGAUGCACCAACUACAGCUGCACCACCUACUGAUGCACCAACUACAGCUGCACCACCUACUGAUGCACCACCUACUGAUGCACCAACUACAGCUGCACCACCUACUGAUGCACCAACUACAGCUGCACCACCUACUGAUGCACCAACUACAGCUGCACCACCUACUGAUGCACCAACUACAGCUGCACCACCUACUGAUGCACCAACUACAGCUGCACCACCUACUGAUGCACCAACUACAGCUGCACCACCUACUGAUGUACCAACUACAGAUGCACCACCUACUGAUGUACCAACUACAGCUGCACCACCUACUGAUGUACCAACUACAGAUGCACCACCUACUGAUGUACCAACUACAGCUGCACCACCUACUGAUGUACCAACUACAGCUGCACCACCUACUGAUGUACCACCUACAGAUGCACCACCUACUGAUGUACCAACUACAGCUGCACCACCUACUGAUGUACCAACUACAGAUGCACCACCUACUGAUGUACCAACUACAGCUGCACCACCUACUGAUGUACCAACUACAGAUGCACCACCUACUGAUGCACCAACUACAGAUGCACCACCUACUGAUGUACCAACUACAGCUGCACCACCUACUGAUGCACCACCUACUGAUGUACCAACUACAGAUGCACCACCUACUGAUGUACCAACUACAGCUGCACCACCUACUGAUGCACCAACUACAGAUGCACCACCUACUGAUGUACCAACUACAGCUGCACCACCUACUGAUGCACCACCUACUGAUGCACCACCUACUGAUGUACCAACUACAGCUGCACCACCUACUGAUGUACCAACUACAGCUGCACCACCUACUGAUGCACCACCUACUGAUGCACCACCUACUGAUGCACCAACUACAGCUGCACCACCUACUGAUGCACCACCUACAGAUGCACCACCUACUGAUGCACCACCUACAGCUGCACCACCUACUGAUGCACCACCUACUGAUGCACCAACUACAGCUGCACCACCUACUGAUGCACCAACUACAGCUGCACCACCUACUGAUGCACCAACUACAGCUGCACCACCUACUGAUGCACCAACUACAGCUGCACCACCUACUGAUAUGCACCAACUACAGAUGCACCACCUACAGAUGCACCACCUACAGAUGCACCACCUACAGAUGCACCAACUACAGAUGCACCAACUACUGA